AUGUCAUCUGCCAUUCCAAUUCCUAAAAAGUCUUCUAAGAAGACUUCUUCUUCUUCCUCUUCCCCUUCUCCUGGUUCUUCUGAUGAAAUGUCCUCCCCAUCCACUUCGUCCAACUCGCCGUCCUCUGCCAUUUUCGGCCACAGACGGCGCCAGUCACUUCUGAGCUCCUCUUUGUCGAAACAAGAACAUACGGUUUUUGACCUCGGAACCCGCGACGGAACAGCCCGGCUUGUUACUUGUGUCAAGGCCGGUCAAGGUUUCGAUUGGAACCAAGAAAUGUUCUUGCCUCACCAUUCCGAUAUCACGGUACCCCCCCUUAGCGACCGUGUCGAUAUAGUUCAUGAGAUCAUCCUGGAUGAUGAAGACGAUGGGUUCAUGGAUAUCGAUAAUGAACGUGAGAAGCGACGAAGAUAA